GCGGCAGCUGUCCACCAAGACGGGAAUAUCGAGGCCCGUGUUACCAGCGGCCGAAGUAGGUGGGUUACAUCGACGAGCUCACCAGCGUCCAUCAUUAUUGCGGGAACAGAGGCUGGAAGACACCGAGACCCUUCCCGUCCUGCCCUGGCUAUUCCCACAGCAUUACAUGCUCACCGGGGUGGUACUACCUUAUGACCAUGUCCCUUUCUAUAGUGAACACAACGUCACCAGUCAAGACACAAGCUGGACGGGAACUGCAAAACAACCACCAUGACUGACUCUACCAAACUCGCUGGCCUUUGUUGCCUCGUGGCUCUCGUCUUAGUCGUUUACCAAGCGAUAGGAAUCAUCUACAACCUUCUUUUCCACCCCCUCCGAAAGUACCCCGGACCCUGGCACUGGGGCGCAAGUCGAGCGUUCCUCACCGUCAGCACCAUCCGGGGUCGCUAUGUGCAUCAGAUCAAGGACCUUCAUCGCCAAUACGGCCAUGUGGUCCGCAUUGCCCCCAACGAGCUCAGCUUCACCGACGAGCGGGCCUGGAAUGAUAUCUGCGGCGCCACCAAAGCAGCGCCGUAUGGCAUGAAGAAGGACGAACGUCUCAACGACCUCGUCGGUGGCGAUGCGACGAAUCCCGAUCUCUCCAAGGAGAAGGCCGACAUGAUACACACACGCAUCAGGAGAUCUCUGGCCCCAGCCUUCUCGAGGUCUUCGGUGAGGCAACAGAGUCCGCUGAUCAACAGCCACGUGGACGAGAUGGUGGCCGUGCUCAGCGAGAGCGCAAAACAGGGGCAGACGGUCGACAUGUGCCGAAUCUACGCCUUUACCAUGUACGACUCCUUUUCCGACAUCUUUCUGGGCGAGUCCAUGAAUCUGCUGGGCGACCCGGCUACUCGUCCGUGGGUAGAUUCCAUGGUUGGCUUUGCCAAAGCGACCACCACCCUUGCAGCUCUCUCUCACUAUUGGGUCUUGCGCCUCCUGAUCGGUUUACUACUCAAGACCAUGGGCAACGGGUCCCGCGACGCCUUCAUGAACCCGUGCCUGGACCGCUUCGACCGCCGGCUACAAAGGAAGGACGGCGGCGGUAGCGGCCGCCACGAUCUCGUCCACCUCGCCCUCGAGAGCAGCAAACAGCAGGUCUCGGCCAAGGAGCUCCGGGACUUCUCCCCCUUCCUGAUGGUCGGCGGCGGCGAGACCAUGGGCAGCCUGCUGCCCUGCCUAACGUACCUAUUACUCAAGCACCCCAGGGCCAUGCAGCGAGUCACUCGGGAAGUCCGCGAGGCGUUUGACGGCGGCGGCGGCGGCCAAGACGACAUCACCAUGGACAGGGUCCUCCGGCUCCCCUACCUCGGCGCCUGCAUCGACGAGGCCCUGCGCAUGUACCCGCCCGUGGCGCAGGGCAACGAGCGCGUCGUUCCGGAGGGCGGCGCCGCCGUGUGCGGAGACCAUCUUCCGGGGGGGACGAUCGUGGUUGUGUCGCAGCUCUCGGCCUACCGCCAGAAGCGCAACUUCUUCCGUCCCGACCACUUCGUCCCGGAGAGGUGGCUGCCGGAAGCCGGUCCCGAGUUCGCCAACGAUCGGAAGGCCGUCUUUAAGCCUUUCUCGGUUGGACCGCAGAAUUGCUUUGGGCAAGAGGUCGCCCACUACACUCUCCGUUUGGUUAUGGUCAGGCUGCUGCUGAGCUUUAAAAUGAAGCUGUGCCAGGAGAGUGACGCAAAGAACACUUGGGGAGGGCAACUGGCUGUCUACAAUGUUUGGAUGAAGCCGCCGCUAAAUGUAGAGCUCGAGUUGGCUGGUGUAAAGGGUUAGGCCGGUGCAUUACUGCUACUCUUGAAACGAGCCUCCGUUUAGGAGUUUUACCGUUGAUGCCACCGUGCUGCACUAUCACGUCCGCUGUUUAGAGGUAGAAACGGAACUACUUCAGAGCAUUUGUAGCAUAAAAGAAUCCAC